AUGUCACUUAAACGAAAGUGUAAUUUUGAUCAGUUCGAUACAUCUUCAUCAACGCCAUCAAUAUGUGUUGAUGCUAGAUCGUCGAUAGUUUCGUCACCAACGCCAACGAAAUUUGUUAAAACCGAACAACUUCUCGAUCGAACAUCGUCAAAUCACAUUUAUUCGAACAGCAAUUCCCCAUCGGAUGAACAUAACGAACAUGUCAAUACAAGUAAUGGCUCACCUUUACCUCAUCAACAAGAGAUAGAUGGUGAUCGACCUGGCUCCAAUAUUCCUCAUGACGAAUCUAUUACACCUACGUCACAAUCGAACGAUAAUACGAAUUUACCCGAACAACAAUCACACACUCCAACACCUGCUAAUGAAUCUCAAUCCGAAACUAAAGUUACACCACCUUCUAAUCCACAGCAACCGCAACGAAAACGUCGUAAGAAUAUUCCAUCAUCGAAAAUCUCUCGACCAUCUACAACAACAGCAACAGUACUACCAUCAUCAGUAUUAACAAAUAAUAUAAAACUCGAGAAAAAUGUUCCUGUAAUCCCAACAGUUUCAUCGAACUCAUCUUCAACCACAACGAAAACCAAUGCUGCAAUGAUCUUCAAUUCAAUACGAACAUUAUUAGAAGAGAAAAAAGCAGACAAUGAUGAAAAUCUAUUAUUAACUAUUGAUUGUCUCAUCGAUAGUUUACAACAUUUACGUGAAAGAAUAAAAACACUUGAAAGUAAUAAUAACGAGAGAAAUUCUCUGACAACAACCCUUGAAUAUGACGAUUCUCAUCCAUUGAAUUUAUCCCAGCCAAAGAAACGGCAACAAACUCGAUUAGCAUCAACCAACAGUGAUGAUAUGAGUCCAAGCACAACAACAGUCAGCUCACCUUCGCCUUCAACACCGACAUUAUCAUUACCAUCAGCACUUUUCCCAUCACAAGCCUUGUUUUACGAAAAACCAUUCUUUCCUUCAUUCUCAGUCCCAAACAUGACUCACAUACAAAAUUAUUUAAAACUAUCAGCUGCUGGAGUACUUAAUGAUUCAAUCAAUGUGAAAAAUGGAGAAAAUGGUAACUCGCGAUGUUCAUUGCCAUCUCCUUUCGUUGCAGGCAAAUCUUAA